AACUUUUCAGCGUUCUCAACGUGUCAACAACAUAAAUCCAAGUUCCAAUUCAAUCCAAGCAACAUGGCAGCGGUUGUGUGCUGCAGGUAGCGCGAUCGCAGAUCGCCGAAAUUGUAGGGUGUACGAAUUUGCCUUGGUGUGGUUCUUUUGUAGAUCACCAUGGAGUAUAACGAUUAUCACGUCGAAGACAGUGACGACAGUGACGCUUAUGACAGCGACAGUAGCUCGGAAGAUGCUUUUCAGUCCUACGUGAGGAACAAAUACCUCUCCCAGAAUGCACCCGAAGAGACGUUUGAGAAACAGAUGCAGGACGAGCUCUUGCAAACCUUCAGGGACUUUGAGCAUCGGUAUGUGUUGAACGACGGAGACGCUGAUCGACAAGGCUGCGACGGCAAAGCUGGUACAAAUCGAACUCCAGUCUCAAAAGAUGGGACGGCAGACAACAGCAAAAAAGCUGGCUCCAAAGCCGAUAGCCCCAAAGCGGACGGCCCCAAAGCGGACGGCCCCAAAGCGGACGGCCCCAAAGCGGACGGCUCCAAAGCGGACGGCUCCAAAGCAGACGGCUCAGGAGGAGGCAGCUCCAAAGCCGGCAACACAGAUCCAAGCAACGAUGACCUACUGUAUGACCCAGAAAUGGACGACGAAGACGAGAAGUGGGUGAACGAACAGCGGAGAGUCUGCAUGUUCCCCGACGCUUCAACGUCCAGCAAGGCAGAUGCGGCGAACGGCGUAAGGCCCCUCCCUACCAGCGACGCCGUCCUGAAUUGCCCCGCCUGCAUGAGUGUGCUCUGCCUGGACUGUCAGAGGCACGAGAUCUACAACACCCAGUACCGCGCCAUGUUCGUAAAGAACUGCGUCGUGUCCGACACUGAGGUCCUCAAGUGCCCGCCGUCCCGGUCCAAGCGGAAGAAAAAUGGCGGCGGGGCAGACGACCCCCGCGACCUCUUCCGCCCCGUCCGCUGCAGAGUGUGCAAGACUGAGGUGGCAGUUGUGGACCAGGACGAGGUGUUCCACUUCUUUAACGUCAUUGCCAGCUUCUCGUGAAGUCACAGGGCGUCCCGCCCGUUCAUUUGUAAAUAAGCUCAUAGUAAAGUUGAAGCACAGCACACAGUGUUGCUUUGUUGAACCAAGCGAGGGAUGAAGCCUGUCUGAGCAUGACCAACCUCUUUAAAGCUGGUGCCCAUCCUUGCGGCUGCUUACAGUAGGAGAGGCUAAACACUAGUUUUAUUGGAGUGUGUUCUAUAGGUCGUUUUGUGUCAGCACGAGCGACACGCUGGGAGCGUUGCACCAUGCACUAGCAGAGAAGUUCAUGUUGCGACCCAUAGUCACGUGACCUAAACGUCAAUCCAGUUUCCCAUCAUGUAUAGAGGGCGAAGUAAACGUCACAUGACCAAUAAAAUCAGUCAGUUUCUCUGCAGAACUUAGCGGGGAAAAAAUAGAAAAGUGUGCGGUUUGUGUGGGACACAUUCUGUGCUUCUUGGUCUUCGUCAGCAUGAUCAAGCUUGCCAUUUUUGAGACUCGUACAACUGCUUACGACCAACCAUACUGGUUGGUUGUAAGCAGUCUUAAGAGGCUUAAAGACCAAUUGUGGCAUAGUCAGUCGGAAUCAAAUGCAAGUAUGUGAACCAGCCUUUACGAGCCCCUGCAAUGGUAACAAG